AUGGCACAAAUCCUCGUAGACGAUGUCCUCCGUGAAAUCUUUUUGCACGUCGCCAAUCCCAAUCCGUUCACCGGUGCCUACACCAUUGAAGGUCUCCACAAUCUGUAUCCGUGUAUCCUCGUCAAUAAAACUUGGUGCUCCAUCGCGAUGCCGAUCCUUUGGUCUCAACCCUUUCAUUUUCUCAAGGACAAACAUGAAGCUGGCGCCGCGGUGAUCAAUAUGUACCUGAGAUUCCUGGAUGACAAAGAAUUGGAAUAUUUGUUCAACCAGGGAAUUGAUGUUUCUUUAAUGUUGAACUUUAGCGUCCAUCAGAGCGGACGAUUUCAACAGUUCUAUUCCGAUGAUUCGGACUCAGAUUACGAGAGCGAGCAUCCAACAGAUUCGAUGGAGGUUUGCGAAUACAGACGACCACCGAUGUUUAACUAUCCCGGCUUCUUACGUUCUCUGUGGUACGAGUCGAUGGUGCAAGCCGUGGAAUCCUGGUGUUCGGAGUUAUCCGAGCUCAUGAAUCCCACACCACCCGAGGACGAGGACGAAGAUUUAAUAGGAAACGGAGAGCGUGACAUGAGCAUAACUUCGUCAUCGCCAAUGGAUGAACAGGAGGAUGCAUUGGUGGAGAAUGCCGAGUUCUUGUUGAUGAGAUCGAUACUAAGAACUUGUCUGAAGAGAGGAUCAAGAUUGUACGGGCUAUUUUUGAAUCCCGAUAGAUUGGAUAAGUUGAAUGACGAGAUGUACGAGAUGUUAUUAAUCGACGAAGAAUUUAAGGACCUCGUGUCUCCGGUCAAAUCGUUAGAGAUCAACGGCAUGAUCAGGAAAGACAAGGUUUACGUGAUGUUGGGACAGAGGUGUCGCAAAUUGGAAUGCCUACACAUACAUAACCUCUGGGCACGCAGUCACGACGAAAGACACAUCGACAACUUUGCCGAAGCCAUUGGCACCCUGAUCUCCUCUCAAUAUUCAUUACUCUAUUUCACGCUGUCCAAUUGUAAAGCCUACACUCGGGCCAUCAUUCUCCCCCUGAAAUAUCAAUCCUCGUCGUUACGAUACGUGCGAUUCGAACAGAUAGACUUUCGAGGAUGCGAUCCGUGGGAAAGUGUUGCCGAGUGCAAGCGAAUCGAAUUCUUGGAAGUUUACGAAUGCAUUAACCUUGAAGAGGAGAUGGUGGCACCGGUGGCGAAGGCCAAAUUCGGAAAAGGUUUUGAAGCUAGAUACGUGAGUUCUCAUCAGUGCCAGGGAUUCAGGGAGUGGGUGGACAAGAUAAGUGGUGGUGUACGAAACGAUGAUGGAGUUCCGGUGGGUGGUCUUAAUGGUGGAACGAGUGCGUUCGUCGAGAGGAUUGGCAUAAGUAAUGGUGGUUUCGGAGUAGGCAGGAAUGGAGUCUGGAAUAUACCGAGCUUAUAA